AUGGGGCCUAAAAGAAAGGUGAAAAAUGACAGCAAGCCUGAUCGCAAACAAGAAUCGAGUGACAAGUUGAAAGCGGAAAGUGCCACAUUUGCCUCUCUGACAUCUGGUGAUACUUCAAGCUCAGAAGAAGCAUUAAACUCUUCAAAAUAUUCCAGCAGAAAAUUGAACAGCAAUUGGCAAAAAUAUGAUAAAGACACUGAUUUUGUUCCUGAACCCAGAGGUCUUGAUUUUUCAGAUUUUUCUGGAAAGAAGCCCACAACGAGUACUGAUUCCUACUUCAGAUUUUCGAAUGAAAAGAACUGGGAAGUACUAGAAAAGUUUGAUGACUAUUUCAAGCUAAAUGUAAAUGAUUUAUGCAGAGAAAUUAUGUGUGUACCACUUCAAGAACGGCUGAAACUGGAUUCAAGUGUUUUGACAUCUGAGCAAAUAGAAACUUUUGAUAGUGAUGCCCAAAUGUAUGAGAGUCGAAUGAAAGAACCCUUGGUUCUUACCAAAGAGAUCACUGGGAAAAUGCUAUCUUUGUUAUCAAAUGAAAUUGAACCAAAAGUCAAAGAAAAAUCCUGCACUACAGGCUGGGCUCACUCAAAGGAAGAACAGUCUGACAAACAGCAGAAGACCUGGGAUAGCAACUCUGAAAAUUUCUUCAGUCUCAGUGGUGUGGAGGAAGAAUUGGAUUUAAUAUUGGCCAUGCCAUCAACAGUAUCACCAUCAAGUCCACUUGAAAUUUCACCCAUCACAGAAAACUUGUCUGAAGAAACAUCUACUGUUCAUUCUAACCUACAGCUUCAAAAUGAUUGGCUGGAUUCUUUAUUAGAUGAGGACUGA